GUCCGCCCACAGGAACUCCACGCAUCCGCCUGUCCCUCCUCCCGGGGGUCGAACUGGAAGCAAAAUAGAAAGAUGACGCCCCCAUAUGUUGUCGCGCUGCCACACCCGUAUGUGUCGAUCUCCCCCCUCUCGAGCCCUCGCACUCUCCUGUCUGCUUGGAACGGCUGUUAUCCGUAUUCCUCCCCUGCUGCGCUUCUCCAUGCAUCCCGUCGCUUCUCCUGCCACCCCAUCCGGGAGAAACCGGAAUGUCCCUUACCUGGCCUCACGGGUCGGGGCUUAGAUAAGCCUGACGCACGGUGGAAUGACACGUCCCGAAAGCUGCCGAGACCCUCCGUGGAUCGAACACGCCGCCGGUACAGACGGCCCCCACAGAUGCCUUGUAGCGGUCGAUGGCCUGGCGAGGAUGAGCCAGACGUCGUCCGGGAGGGGGUUCAAGCCGCAUUGCGAACAUGCUGUGGGCUUCGAGCGUCGGUCGACCGGUGCGCGAGGUGUGGCUGAUCGUGCGGAUGGCAAUCGGAGCACGGAUUGGUCCCCUGCGGCCGAGGUCCGGAACCAGCGAGACGCUGGCAGGGACAACGCAGCGGUUACAGCUUCUUUUGAGGCGAGCAAAUGUGUUCAAGGAGAGUGCAGCCAGGUGAGUGUGAGGAGGCACGAAGGAGGGCGGCAGGAGGGAGCGGAGAGUGACGGGAACGCGAGACGCGUCAGCAGGAACGGCCCUCCUUGCAACGCGAUUCUCCUCUCAGAUGCGGAUCGCCCUCGGAAAACGACCGGAAAACGAUUGGGAGACCCACCAGGGGAAGAGCGGGGGCAGCUGGACGAACUGCACAUGCACACGGGGUACGUCAGAAGGCGCGCGAUCAUCAGGUUGGACCGGCUCUGGGUGCAUACGGCUACGCCGGCUGGAAACGUCUGCAUGAGCUUUUUUUCGAGGCUCGGUUUUCAUCGCGGUCGAGGGAUAUCCUAUGGUGCUGGCCGGUAUAGCAGGUUGUAAAAAAAUGGUUGAAAGGCGUGAAUAUGUAGGGGAGACGAACUGGAUGUUUGAUUGUGGAUGAUGCUGAAGGUUCUUGGUUGAACCUGAGGUUGAGAUGUUGAUGAAAGUU